AUCCAAGGCAAGAUGCUGCAGUUUCAGCUGGUUGUGGCCCAUUUGGCCCUUGUGAUUACCCUGCUACAGUGGCAGUCUAGCUCAAAGCUCCUAGCUGAGGCAGCUCCGGAGGGUUUGGAGCCCUCUGAUGCGCUGGGCAUGGGAACACAUCCCACUACUAGCGAAGAGAAGUCAGCCACUGACCUAUCAGCCAAGCUGUUCCUUCUUGAUGAACUGGUGUCUCUGGAGAAUGAGGUGACUGAGACCAAGAAGAAAAGAAGUUUCCCAGGAUUUGGUUCCCCAAUUGACAGAAUUUCUUCAAGUUCUAUGGAUAAAAAAGGCAAACAGAGGAAAGUGGUUGAGCUGCCUAAGAGACGAUUUGGAGUUCCUCUUGACCGAAUUGGAGUGAGCCGUCUCAGCAACACCAAGGGUUAGCAGCUUGUGCAAGUGCUUCUGUUCUGAAUGAUUGAUGCUGUUUUGGAAACAUUACAGAAAUAUGGAAGAUGCAUCAGAGCAUGUCUUGUCAUUGACUAAUGAUUCAACACUCAAGGAAUUGACGUCCUAUAAAAUCUGUUUCACAUUGCAUUUUACAAACAGUAACAAAUUCAAUUCAUCAGGUCAGAGUGCUCUCACAGUUAUGCACAGUG